UUGCACUGUGUCUACCGUUCGUGAUUUGUUUAAAUCAGAUAAGUGCAUCUGCGCUACGGCUGAGAUAUUAUUUUAAAUAUGUUCCUUUUUUGCAUUAUAGCCAACAAUAGCCACUCCGCAGCCAUAGCUUCAACUUUGAUCUAGCCAGCUCUAGCUUCUGCUUCUCUUCCUUCAAAAUUCAAAAUGCUCUAGCUCUACCGCAGCAAGCAGAUACUUAUUAUUCGUUGUUGUUGUACCUCGCGUUCUAAGGCAUCGCAGUCGUACCACUACCACUGUGUAAGGUACACUUUCCUUUCUGGUAUGUGCUACCGCAACGCAUCUGGAAAAAAGGCUUCACAAAUGCGAUGAGCCUAGCUGAAGGUAUCACUGCCAAAACGGCAUGCCACGCCCCUUCCAUCGUCAUCGGUCAGGUCGAGGUUGGCACGCAGUGCGGGUUCCCUCUGGCUGACAAGUCUGUUGACUGCUCCUUCAGAGCAGACAGCGAGUCGAGGAGCGUGCAGACUACAGAGACUGUGGAUCAAUCAUGCUCCACUACAGCAUCCAGGCCUUCUAUUUCUCCAUCGACAGCCAACAGUGACAAUUCACAGCAGGGACGCCUCCAACAAGAUAAUGUCUGUGACUAUGAGGCUCGUAAACUGAUUUGUCUGGAAGCACAUGCCAGGGUCUGUACUGGCGAGCGUCUGUUUAAGUGCGAUUUGUGCCAUAAGAGCUUCUCAAAAAGAGACCACCUGAAAAGCCAUCUGCGCACCCACACAGGUGAUAAGCCAUGGCAAUGCCCUUCAUGCCCUCAAAGGUUCUCGCAUAAGUCCAGCAUGAAAGACCACCUGCGCACCCACACAGGCGAGAAGCCAUUUCAAUGCCCUUCAUGCCCUCAAAGCUUCUCCCAUAAGUCCAGCAUGAAAAACCACUUGCGCACCCACACAGGUGAAAAACCAUGGCAGUGUCCUUCAUGCCUUCAGAGCUUCUCACAUAGGUCCAGCAUGAAAGCCCACCUGCGCACCCACACAGGCGAGAAGCCAUUUCAAUGCCCUUCAUGCCUUCAGAGCUUCGCAGUAAAGACCAACCUGAAAGUCCACCUGCGCACGCACACAGGCGAGAAGCCAUUUCAGUGCCCUUCAUGCCUUCACAGCUUCUCGCGAAAGACUGACCUGAAAACUCACCUGCGCACCCACACAGGUGAGAAGCCAUUUCAGUGCCCUUCAUGCCCUCGGAGCUUCGCAGUAAAGAGCCACAUGAAAGUUCACCUACGCACCCACACAGGUGAGAAGCCAUUUCAUUGCCCUUCAUGCCCUCAAAGUUUCUCGCAUAAGUCCAGCAUGAAAGACCACCUACGCACCCACACAGGCGAGAAGCCAUUUCAAUGCCCUUCAUGCCCUCAAAGCUUCUCACAUAAGUCCAGCAUGAAAAACCACUUGCGCACCCACAUAGGUUAGAAGCUGUGGCGGUAUCCUUCAUGCCUUCGGAGCUGCUCGUAUAAGUCCAGCAUGAAAGACCACCUGUGAAACCACACAAAUGAGAAGCCAUUUCAAUGCCCUCUGUGUCCUGAGAGCUUCUCACAAAAGCCAGACCUGAAAGACCACCUGCGCAACCACACCGGAGAGAAGCCAUUUCAGUGGCCUUCAUGCCCUCAAAGCUUCUCGCAUAAGUCCAGCAUGAAGGAACACUUGCGAAACCAAACAGACGCGAAGCUGUUUCAAUGCCCUUCAUGCCCUCUGUGAUUCUCGUGCAAGUCCAACAUGAAGGAACAACUGCAUACCCAUGCAGGCGAGAAGCCAUUUCAUUGCCUUUCAUACACUUGGAAAUUCUCGCUGAAGAAUGCCGUGAAGUAAAAACUGACCACUCAUACAAGUGACCGACCUUACUGUUCUGCCACCUGCUCCAAGUACUUUGCACUUGCUGAUUACUUGAGCAGACAAGACCAUGAUGCAGUAGAGUAGGUCAACAGCUAUGUUGAACUUAAGUUAGAAAUCUAUAGAUAUGGAGAAUGCUACAGGGUGUUCUGCUGCAUCAAGUAGCACAAGUGUUCCUAUGUGCUCUUAAAAAGGCCCUGGAAUUAUUUCUUUGUGUCACCAUAUUUGCUCUAGAUCUAUUCGCAGCAUGUCAUAGGACAAACAGCAACAGAAAUGAUGAAAAUCGACCCAUACAAACGUGUUAUCGCUCAUAAAGAAAUUCAAAAUAUACAAGGAAAACAAGAGUUAAGCUCAAUUUCCACUGGAAUUUUAGCUGCUCUUAAUUCCACAUUUCACUUUGCUAUGACUUCAUGUGGUGACGUCAAUGAAUAGCAGCAGGACAUUAGCAAAAGUCGGCGCACCACAGUUGCCAAGUCUGCUCAGCCAUGGCAUACCCAUUGCCUCCACGAUCUGGUGACUCAACACAGAUGGCAUACAUCCCACAAUAGAACAGACAGAUGCCAUUGUAGCCACGCCACAACCAGAGAACAAGCAGCAGCUUCAUUCUUUGCUUGGAACUGUAAACUACUAUAGUAAAUUCCUGCCUCUAGUGUCUGUGGUGGCCCAUCCCUUGUUACAAGACAUGGGCGUUGACAAAUGCCCACCAAAGAUCCUUUGAUGACAUCAAAACUGUGACAGUGUCAACAGAGGUCCAACAGAACAGCAUUGUGACACAUCUCGCCAACAAAGAAGGAAAAGUUUAUUGCUGGAAAAUAUGACAGCCCCACACUGACGAAUGCAGCUACAUAUAGUAAGACCACUUCAGCUGCUAGCAAAAUGUGGCGGUGGUGUAGCACUGGGAAAAGGGGAUCACUACCGUGAACGGUGGCGCUGACAUCAAGGCACACUAACAUGCUGAUGUUCACCUGUGCAUGCGCCUCAGAAAAUCUAAUUAUCUCAUUUGUGCUGCAGCAUUUGUUGCUGCUCGAACGUUGGAUGCGGAAGGAUGCGGGCAAUUGAUGACUUCUACCUUGACCAACAGUUUGAUAGUUUUUCACUAGAUUUGCAAGCCGUAGAGGUUUGAAGUACGUGCUUGAAACAGUGGAAAACUUUGCUCAAUCGAAAGAUUCUGAUAAAUGUACUUUGUUAAAUCACCAAAAAAGCUACAUGAUUUUCAGUGGCACUGUGAUAGGGUAACAUAAAUAUUUUGUUACAUUGCUGGUUUUGUAAAUUGAGAUUUGUUAUUUCGAGGUGUGUCUGUAUUCCCAUUGCUAUUCACAGCUUUAGAAUGUAUGUUAUUUUUAUUGGCUGUACAUUUGUGAAUUUUUCUUACAUUUAUGUGACUAAUUCUUUCAGUAUUAUUUUCUUUUUUUGCAUAUGAACAUUUUUUGUUAGGCUCAUGUAUUCAUUGCCUCUAGGUUCUGCUAUGUAUGGUGUUAUCCUGGAGGCUCUUAUAUUGUUGUAUUUAUACUUCUUUUUUUUUCACAAAUAGGUACUUGUUUACAGCAAUUGAUUGUUUAUAGAAUUUACUUGGCAUCAGAGCACCAAUAAAUGCCUGUGUUUAA